AUGACGACGACCAUCGUUGCCAAGCACGAGGGCAGUCACCAACUCGGGGACCCCUGGAGGACUGAAAACUCGUUGGACAAGCUGUCUACACCUGCUGAUGCACCUCCUCGCGACUCAGUCUCCUUGAUACGCUCCUGUGUGGACACUGCCUUUGUCGCGGUCACGGGCACCCGUCGUCCCGCUGUCAUCGUUGGAUGCUGGUCCCCCACCGGCUCGGUUCUGGAGCGUGACCAGGGAAGGCCUCUUAGAAGGUUGUGCGGGUCGACGAGCAAACGGUGUGAACAGCAGCGCGUCGCACAAAGCAAGCGCUGUGCAAAUGCUCGCUGUCCUGUGCGUAACACUGUCACCUCCGUGGGCCGGAGCUGCGGGCCGAGGAGUGACAGCCGCUCAGGCGCCUUCCGGCCAGUCCUUAACCCGCACACUCCGUUCGAGUACAUGAUCCUGGCCACCAUCAUCGCCAACUGCAUCGUGCUGGCCCUGGAGCAGCACCUCCCCGAUGGGGACAAGACGCCCAUGUCCGAGCGGCUGGAUGACACGGAGCCCUAUUUCAUCGGGAUCUUUUGCUUCGAGGCCGGCAUCAAGAUCAUCGCUCUGGGCUUUGUUUUCCACAAGGGCUCGUACCUGCGGAAUGGCUGGAACGUCAUGGACUUUGUGGUGGUCCUCACGGGGAUUCUUGCCACAGCUGGAACUGACUUCGACCUGCGAACACUGAGGGCGGUGCGUGUGCUGAGGCCCCUGAAGCUGGUGUCUGGUAUUCCAAGUUUGCAGGUGGUGCUCAAGUCCAUCAUGAAGGCCAUGGUUCCGCUGCUGCAGAUCGGGCUGCUUCUCUUCUUCGCCAUCCUCAUGUUCGCCAUCAUCGGCCUGGAGUUCUACAUGGGCAAAUUCCACAAGGCCUGUUUUCCCAAUAGCACAGAGGCAGAGCCUGUGGGCGACUUCCCCUGUGGCAAGGAGGCCCCAGCCCGGCUGUGUGAGGGGGACACUGAGUGCCGGGAGUACUGGCCAGGACCCAACUUUGGUAUCACCAACUUUGACAACAUCCUGUUUGCCAUCUUGACAGUGUUCCAGUGCAUCACCAUGGAGGGCUGGACUGACAUCCUCUACAAUACAAACGAUGCAGCCGGCAACACCUGGAACUGGCUCUACUUCAUCCCCCUCAUCAUCAUUGGCUCCUUCUUCAUGCUCAACCUGGUGCUGGGUGUGCUCUCGGGAGAGUUCGCCAAGGAGCGGGAGCGGGUGGAGAGCCGGCGCGCCUUCCUGAAGCUCCGCCGGCAGCAGCAGAUCGAGCGCGAGCUCAACGGCUACCUUGAGUGGAUCUUCAAGGCUGAGGAAGUCAUGCUGGCAGAAGAGGACAAGAAUGCAGAGGAGAAGUCCCCCUUGGAUGCAGUGUUGAAGCGAGCGGCCACCAAGAAGAGCAGAAACGACCUGAUCCACGCAGAGGAGGGGGACGACCGGUUUGCAGACCUCUGUGCUGUCGGUGAGUCUCAUGGGUCCUGGCUCUGUGAGCUUGUGACUGGACAGACAGUGUGCCCCCAGCUUCCUCCUGGGCACCGAGCCACUCCUGGAGCCUUGUCCUUGCCCAAACGCCUGCUCAUUCAUCUCAAGGAAGUCAUGCUGGCAGAAGAGGACAAGAAUGCAGAGGAGAAGUCCCCCUUGGAUG